AUGUUUCGUAAAGUAGUUGUUCCCGUUAUUUCCCUCAUUCUUGUUGUCGGUGUUGUCAUUGGGGUGGUGGCUGUAGUGAAUAACAGUAAGGGCUCCGAUGGAGGCAAGAAAGAAGAGAGUUUGUCUCCAGAAAUGAAGAUAGCUACUCAGCUAUGUCAACCAUCAGAGUACAAGGAGGCUUGCACCGAGACCCUCAGCUCUGUGAACAGCACCGAUCCUAAAGACUUUGUCAAGCAAGCUAUAUUGGCUGCCUCAGAUGCCGUGAAAAAAUCAUUUAACUUUUCCGAGGAUUUGGUCGUCAAGGCCAGCAAAGACAAGCGCGAGAAAAUGGCCUUGGAUGAUUGCAAGGAGUUGUUGGACUACGCCGUCCAAGAACUUCAGGCAUCAAUGUCAUUGGUGGGAGAUAGCGAUUUGCACACCACAAAUGAACGAGUUGCAGAACUACAAAGUUGGUUGAGCUCCGUCUUUGCAUAUCAAGAAACUUGCGUCGAUGGAUUCAGUGAUAACAGCACCAUCAAGCCUACCAUAGAACAAGGUUUUGUUGAUGCUAGCCACCUCACAGAUAACGUGUUGGCUAUCAUCUCUGGUUUGUCAGGCUUCCUCAAAUCUGUUGGUCUCCAGUUUAACAUUCCUUCUAACUCUCGUCGCCUUCUUGCCGAGGAUGGAUUUCCCACCUGGUUCUCUGGUGCUGAUCGUAAGCUUCUGGCUGCACAAGGCAAUGGUAAGGUUAAACCAAACGCGGUUGUGGCUCAGGAUGGUAGUGGACAAUUCAAGACCAUCAGUGCUGCCAUUGCUGCAUAUCCCAAUAACCUCAAGGGACGAUAUAUCAUCUAUGUUAAGGCUGGAAUUUAUCGUGAGUACGUUACUGUUGACAAGAAGAAGCCCAAUGUGUUCAUCUACGGUGAUGGACCAAGGAAGACCAUCGUCACAGGUAGCAAGAGCUUUGCCAAGGAUGGAUUGGGCACCUGGAAGACCGCUACUUUUGUGGCUGAAGCUGAUGGGUUCAUUGCCAAGUCAAUGGGAUUCCAAAAUACUGCUGGUCCUGACGGGCACCAGGCUGUGGCACUUCGCGUAAGUUCUGAUAUGUCAGCAUUCCUCAACUGCAGGAUGGACGGGUAUCAAGAUACAUUGCUGUACCAAGCUAAGCGUCAAUUCUACCGCAAUUGUGUUAUUUCUGGCACCGUUGAUUUCAUCUUCGGUUAUGGCGCUGCUGUGAUCCAAAACUCGUUGAUUGUUGUCCGGAGACCCAACGACAACCAGCAGAACUCUGUGACUGCAGAUGGCAGGAAAGAGAAGCACGCCACCACCGGGUUGGUCAUCCACAACUGCAGGAUUGUCCCUGAGCAGAAGCUAGUCGCUGAAAGGUUCAAGAUCCCAACAUACUUGGGCAGGCCAUGGAAGCCAUUCUCCAGGACUGUUGUCAUGGAAUCAGAAUUAGCAGAUUUUAUUCAGCCUGCAGGAUGGAUGCCAUGGGCUGGAAGCAUACAUCUUGAUACUUUGUACUAUGCCGAGUAUGCCAACAGAGGCGCUGGUGCAAAUACCAACAAGAGGGUGAACUGGAAAACUUUCCAUGUCAUUAACAGGAACGAGGCUCUGCAAUUCACUGCCGGCCAAUUCCUUAAGGGCGCUUCUUGGAUUAAAAAUGCUGGAGUGCCUGUGUUGCUAGGCCUAAAACGUUGA